UUACUGUGGUGUGCUUGUAAUGGUUGAACACAGGUUUGACGUCAACAAUGACUUAUUCCCAGCUUCGGAAUUCAUCCACAAGGCCCUGAGUAACACAGGAAAUAAGUUGUUAGUGCACUGCAUGGAUGGCGUCAGCCGCUCUGCCACAUUUUUUCUGGCAUACCUGAUGAUCCACCAUGAAAUGUUGUUGGAGGAUGCCAUCGACCACGUCAUAGACAAGAGAUGGAUCAGGCCAAACAGGGACUUCUUGAAGCAGCUGAUAACCCUCAAUUCAAACCUUGUAACACAG